CGGCCCCCUGUGCCAAGGGUACAGCCCAAGUUGGAGCCGGUGGGCGGGGCUCGAGGGCGCCGGGAAUUCCAAUUGGUGGUUUUGAAGGCGCAGUGGGCGGAAACAGCUGCAGAGCAGAGACACGGCUGGCGAUGUCGGAGGUGCCAAAGAGAUGGAUGAAACCCUUGCUGAAUUUAUCAAGAGGACCAUCUUGAAAAUCCCAAUGACUAAAAUGAUGACAGUUCUCAAAGCCUGGGAUUUUUUGUCUCAAAAUCAACUGCAGACCGUAAACUUCCGGCAGAGAAAGGAAUCUGUUGUUCGGGACUUGGUUGUUCUUUGUGAGGAGAAGCAUGCAAGUCUCAACGAUGCAGCCCUUUUAGAUAUCAUUUAUACUCAGUUUCAUCAGCACCAAAAAGUUUGGGAUGUUUUUCAGAUGCACAAAGGACCAGGUGAAGACACUGACCUUUUUGAUAUGGGACAAUUCAAAGGUUCAUUUAAGAAAAUUCUUCAGAGAGCAUUAAAAAAUGUCACAGUCAGCUUCAGGGAUGCCGAGGAGAAUGCAGUGUGGAUCCGGAUUGCAUGGGGAACCCAGUAUAAAAAGCCAAACCAGUACAAACCUACCUACGUGGUGUACCACUCCCAGACUCCAUAUGCCUUCGUUUCUUCCUCCCAGCUGAAGACCAAUGUUUCCCUUCUGGGUCAGGCACUGACAAUUGCUAGCAAACAUCAUCAGAUUAUGAAAAUGGACCUCAGAAGCCGGUAUCUGGACUCUCUGAAGGCUAUUGUCUUUAAACAGUAUAAUCAGACUAUUGAAACUCACAACUCUACUACACCUCUACAGGAAAGAAGCCUUGGGCUAGAUAUAAAUACGGAUUCAAGGAUCAUUCAUGAAAACGGAAUAGAAAAAGAGAGAGUCCAGAGAGUGACUCAGGAGACUUUUGGAGACUGUCCUCAGCCAAGAUUAGAAUUUGCACAGUAUAAGCUUGAAACAAAAUUCAAAAGUGACUUAAAUGGGGGCAUCUUGGCUGAGAGAGAAGAACCCCUCCGGUGUCUAAUAAAGUUCUCUAGCCCACAUCUUCUGGAAGCGUUGAAGUCCUUAGCACCAGCCGGUCUUGCAGAUGCCCCACUUUCUCCACUGCUCACCUGCAUACCCAACAAAGGAAUGAAUUAUUUUAAAAUUAGAGAUAAAUAAAAUGUAUGUGGUUUUGUAA